AUCAUGACAAUCGAUUCAGACUUAUCACAAAAAUUCAAAAUCAAAGCGCGUUUUGCGCCCACGUGAUCACAGUCUAACCGCUUCGGCCAAAGCCGGACGUUUUGACUUUUCCUUCCAAGUUGUAAAACGUUGCCUUUGCAAAUCAUGUCUUUCACUCGCCUUGCCCUUUGCAGCGUGACUCGCGCACGACCCGUGCUUGCGUCGUCCUCGAGACAGACCUGGGUAUUUCGUGCGAACUACUCGGCAGCAGCAGGGUUGUCGAAGGAAACCAUACAGACACGGGUACUGGACGUACUAAAGGGCUUCGAGAAAGUGGACGCAGCCAAGCUCACAACUUCGUCUUCAUUCACGGAUCAUCUCGGGCUUGACAGCUUAGACGCGGUUGAGGUGGUUAUGGCGGUUGAGGAGGAGUUUGCCAUUGAGAUUCCGGAUGCGGAAGCCGAUGAGAUAAAAACCGUACAGCAAGCUAUUGACUAUAUUGCAAAGACACCAGAAGCUCAGUGAGGGAUUGGUAGCACAGUCAUUAGCCAGCUCCUCUACGCGGCCCCACUCAUUUAUACAACUGCAUUUUUUUCUAUAACCGAAUGAAACAAUGUUGUGAAGCAAUGUUGUCUGCACGUCGAUUGACUUGUGAUCAACAUGUUUGAUGAUGACUGGUAUCAACAACUGUCAAACGUAUUGUUACUGUUAUGCAUGGACAGGGAGCUUCCGGUAUGUAACCAUAUUUUCUGUCAGUGAUGUGUAACAUCCCCCAUGCAUUUGUCAUGUUUAUAUGUAAGCACACUUAGGCGCCACCCAAUCCUCAGAACGGAACAUGUAGGGAAGAGUCCGGGUCUUGUUAGUGUGAAUGACGUGAGGGUGUCAGGAUUGAAGGAACCGAGGAAGAUCCGAGUAAUAAAAGGGUA